AGGAAGCGCCGAGAAGGGGCGGACGGCCCGGACCCGCCCGGAACAGGCAGCGGGUUCCCGGUCCCCCGGCCCGGCCCGGCCCAGCCCGGCCCGACCCAGCCCGGCCCGGCGGCGCGGCCCCAGCGGUGCGGGGCGGCCCCAGCGAGCCCGAGGAGCCGCCUUUCCGCCGCGGGGCCGCGGGGCGGGGGCGCCCCCGGAGCCCAGGUGUCCCCGUCCGGCCCCCCCGCUUCUCGGGGGCUGUGCUCCGGCCCCCCCGGCCCGGGGGGUGCCGCGCUUCCUGCCCGUCGGGCUCGUUUCGCCAGCGCCCGCUCAGAAACAGGCGUGACCCCGUGAGCCGGCGCGGGGCCCCCCACUGCGCGGGGGCACCAUGGAGCCCGAGGAGGCGUUCGGCGGGAGCCCGGCGGCGGGCGCCCGCGGCGGCUCCGUCGUGGCCAUCAUUGGCGCCGAGGACGAGGACUUCGAGAACGACAUCGAGCCGAACCCCGACGACCAGAGCAGCCUGUUCCAGAGCCUGGAGCUGGUGCGGCAGCACCCGGCCUAUCUCAUGGCCUUCCUGCAGCACGUCGUGCUCCAGUUCGACUCCUGCCCCGUGCUUUGCUACCUGCACGUGGACAUGCUGCGCAGGAUGAACCCCAAGGAGGGCAAGAAGCAGUUCCUCGAGUUCUGCCACUUGUUCCUGGACAAGGCGGGGCUCCUGCGGGUGCCCGUCCCCCACCAGGUGCAGUUCGAGCUGGACCGCACGCGCCCCGAGCUGCUGGCGGACGACGUGCAGCGCCGGUACCUGCAGGAAAUCCAGGCCUUCCAGGAGCCCGAGAUCUCCCGGCAGCUGGAGGACUUCAGGUCCAAGCGCCUGAUGGGCAUGACGCCGGGGGAGCAGGAGCUGACGGAGCUGGAGUCCUACCAGACCCGGGACGUCGGCAUCCGGGAGGCCAAGGAGAAGCAGCUGGCGGAGGUGCUGCUGGCUCGGCUGGAGGAGAUGCACCUCACGAUAUCUUCCGACGAGGAAAAAAGCUCUGCCAUCUUUGGUGCCAUCGUGACCUACAUGAAGUACCUGGGGGUUAAAACCAAGCUCAGCGACAGCAAGAAGUCGAAAUCCAACUUCUUCCGCAAGAAGAUCUCGGGGAUCAAGAAGCCGGAGGAGCUGCAGACGAAGCCCCGGAAGGGCUUCAUCCUCCCGGGGACUUCCCUCUGGAACCGCGACACCCACAAUUCCGAUUUCAGGCAAAGCAAAGUCCCUGAGGGCGAAGCGGAGAAGGCGACGCACCCAGACCGGAAGGGCCCCCGAGCACCCGACAAGAUCGACAGUGGCACCGCGCGGCCCAGGGCGGGGGCAGCCGGCACCCCCGCCUCCGACCCCCCCAGCGUGGCCGUGACCAUCAACCCGCCCCCGGGGGAAGGUGCCGAAGGCGAGCCAGGUUUGGACCCGCCCGGCCCCGCCGAGCUGGGAGACACCCCCCCGCGAGGCCUCUGCCCCACAGAGCCCCCCAGCAGCGAGCAGCACCCCACGGAAGACGGGGCUGAGAACGAGAGAAAACGGAUCAGGCUGCCGGGGAAGCUGGGGCGCUCGGAGAGCCUGCGCGUGUACGAGCGGAAGCGUUCCCAGCGCGGCUCGGCCAAGGGCAAGCAGCCGCGCUCCCGCAGCGACGUGGACCUGGAGGCGGCCGCCCGCGCCACCGAGCUGGAGGAACGGCCCCCCCCGGCCCCGGGCCGCCAGAGACCCACCCUGGAGCCGGGGGGGCCGGGGGGGGGCGAGCCCCCGCAGUCCUUUCUGCCUCCCCAGUCUGAGGAGACUGAGCCGCGCGUUUCGGAGCUGGAGCUGGACCCGCCGACCUGGCGCCAGCUCGCCGCCCCCGACGCCCUCCUCAGGCUGAAGAAGAGCGAAGUCAAGCGGCAAGAAGUCAUCAACGAGCUGUUCCUGACGGAGCACGCCCACGUGCGCAUGCUGCGCGUGCUGCUGGAGGUCUUCUACCAGCCCAUGCUGAAGGAGGCCUUCUUCGACGAGCAGGAGCUCUCCAACAUCUUCCCCAGCCUCGAGGACCUCGUGGAGGUCCACACUGUCUUCCUCGACAGCCUGAAGAAGCUGCGGGAGGAGAGCAACUACGUCAUCUCCGAGAUCGGGGACGUCCUGCUGGCCCGGUUCGAGGGCACGGAGGGCAGCUGGUUCCAGAAGAUCUCGGCGCGGUUCUGCAGCCGCCAGUCCUUCGCGCUGGACCAGCUCAAGGCCAAGCAGCGCAAGGACACCCGCUUCAGCCAGUUCAUCCAGGAGGCGGAGAGCCAGCCCCGGUGCCGCCGGCUGCAGCUGAAGGACAUCAUCCCCACGGAGAUGCAGCGCCUCACCAAGUACCCGCUGCUGCUGCACAACAUCACCAAGUGCACCGAGGCCGAGGGCGAGCGGGCCAAGGUGGAGCAGGCGGCCGAGUGCUGCCGGCAGAUCCUGAACCACGUCAACCAGGAGGUGCGCGACAUGGAGAACCUCAUGAAGCUGAAGGACUACCAGCGACGCCUGGAUCUCUCCAACCUGAAGCAGAGCAUGGACCCGCUGCUGAGCGAGUUCAAGAACACAGACAUCACCAAGAGGAACCUGGUGCACGAGGGGCCGCUGACCUGGCGCGUCACCAGGGACAAGGCCGUGGACGUGCACGUGCUGCUGCUGGACGACCUGCUGGUGCUGCUGCAGCGGCAGGAGGAGCGGCUGGUGCUGCGCUGCCACAGCCGCACCAUCACGCCCACGCCCGACGGCAAGCAGAUGCUGAGCCCCAUCAUCAAGCUCAGCUCCGCCAUGACCCGCGAGGUGGCCACAGACCACAAGGCCUUUUAUGUGAUCAUCAGCUGGGAGAACGGGGCCCAGAUCUACGAGCUGGUGGCGCAGACGGUGUCGGAGAGGAAGAACUGGUGCGCCAUGAUCAGCGAGACGGCCGGCUCCCUCAAGCUGCCGGGCUCCCGCCGGGCGAAGGCAGCCCGCGGCGGGCAGAACCCCCACAGCCCCAUCGACAGCUACCGGGAGCCGCUGCUCAGCAGCUCGGAGAACGGGGGGUCCCUGAAGGAGCCGCUGCCCUUGGACGAGCGCGAGAAGGACGGGGCCGUGGAGGGCACCGAGUUCGAGGGGGGCCCCGAGAAGAUGGAGAAGGAGGCGGAGCGCGUCCUGGCCGAGCUGCUGGCGCUGCGGCGGCCCCCCCGGGCGGGCGGCGAGGGGGCCCUGGCCGCCGCCGCCCUGGACGGAGUGCGGGCGCUGCAGCGGCUGCUGCCGGCGGAGCCCCCCGCGGCGGGCGACGGGGCCGCCUCGCCCCCCGAGGAGGCCUGGGAGGGGCCGCGCCGGGCCCCCCCCGAGGAGGAGGAGCGCCGGGACGCCGGCGACGGCGCCGAGAGCGAGGGCGAGGGCCGCGGGCAGCGCGCCGAGGCCGGCAGCGCCGCAGGGGGGACCCCGAACGGCCCCCGCUGCCCCGCCUGGGGGUCGCGGCUGGCGGAGGGGCCCGCGCCCCCCCUGGCGCUCACCCCGCCGCAGGCGGCCUGGCUGCGGGCCCAGCUGCAGGGCCUGGAGGAGGCGCUCCGGGGGCUCAAGGAAAUCGAGGAGGAUUACUGGCAACUCCAGGAGCUCCUGGCCAAGCACAGCUCCACAGGCUGCCUCUUCACAUGAGGGCAGCCCCUGCUGCUGCUGGAGCCGGGCCCCCCCGCCCUGCCGUGGGGCACGGGCUGGGGCUGCCCCACGGCGGCGGGCCGGCCAGGGAGGCCCGCGCACCCCGGGGGGCUGGGGCCGCCCCACGGCUUUCCCUGGUACCGC